GCCGUUUAUUUCUCAUAAUUGUUAGUCGGCUGCACCACCAUCAUGGCCGACGUGGCGAGUGCAGACUUGCGUCAAAUUCAAAAUAAACUUCAAGAAUGGGAACAUCCGGAAAACUCCCUGGCACCGCUGAGCUUGUCUCAAAGAAAUGCUAUUUACGAAAUAUCCGAAGCAGUUGGUGUCCGGAAUGUUCCUUCUAAUCUACCAGAUGGCGAUACGAUCUCUGGCGAGAUUAAAAAGAUGUCCAUCAAUGAUGAGAGCGAUGACAUUCAAGAAGCAACCAAUCUUAAUUUACCUCCUUUAUAUUCUUCUGAAAAAUCAGUGUUUCCUCUCAAACCAUCAAACAUAGGGACAACACAAAAGUUUCUUGAAUGGCAUCGUGAAGUAGAGGAGCAGCUUGAGGAUCAAGCCAAUGCCGUGUACAUCAGCUACCUUCAGCAAAUGUCUCUCAGGCGGAAAGAAUGUGAUGAGCUGUUUAACCAGGUUGAGUCAUGCCUCAAAGACCUUGCUCUACUAAGUACACAACACCAAACAGUUGCAAAUAGUACAAAUUCUUUGCAUCAAGUUAGUGAACAGUUACUUGCAGACCAGAUGAAGCUUAGUACAGUUCAUUCAGAAAUGGAGAGGAGACUUCAGUUCUUUAGAUCCUUAGAUAGAAUUACUCAACGCUUGUCCUCUUCAACACUUGGCGUCAAUAGCCCUGUAUUUAAGGAGUGUUUGGAUCGUCUAGAUGAAUGUAUUGAGUACAUGACAUCUCAUGCCAAUUUUAAGGAGUCACGAGUGUACCUGGCGAAACUGCACCAUUGUCAAAGCAGGGCUGUAGCAUUGGUACGAUCCUAUGUCACACAAAUUCUUCAGACUGCAACACAGCAAUGCCUCUCUGCCCCUUCACCUUUAACUGACAGCUCAACAACCCCCAGUGCAAAUAUCAUUCCAGCUGCAGAUUCGGACUUUGCAAGGUGUUAUGGAAAGUUUCAAGCUUGUGCUCCUCGCAUUCGGUCUGUCUUGGGACACAUUGAAGAGAGAGUCCAAAAAAUUGCAAAUAGCGGGUAUGAAGGUCUUCUCCUGGACUGCCAAUCAUGUUAUGUUGAGCAACGUCAUCAACUAUUGUGGUCUAGUGUCUGCACUGCGGUUCGAGAAUUAUCACUCCGCCAUAAGGGCGACCACUGCACAAUGGUCCGUUCUGGAUGUGCAUUUUUAUUGCACAUUUGUCAAGAUGAGCAUAGACUGUUUGCAGAAUUUUUCAGUAGCCAAGUGCAAGCACAGCUUACUGAUUACUUGGAAGGGUUGUGUACUAGCCUUUAUGAUGUUUUACGGCCAGCAAUUAUUCACAUUAACCAUCUGGAAACACUGGCAGAAAUUUGCUCUAUAUUGAGAGUUGAAAUGCUUGAAGAACAUGUGCCGUCCAAUCCUGGUCCAUUGGAGGCUUUUGGACGGGUAGUUUGGCAGCUACUACAAGACGUUCAAGAGCGGCUAGUUUUCCGUGCUCACCUUUAUUUACAGUCAGAUAUUUUAAAUUACAAGCCAGCUCCAGGGGACCUUGCAUACCCAGAGAAGUUGGAGAUGAUGGAGAGCAUUGCUCAAUCUAUAGCUGAACAACAGACUCAACAGUCUGAGAGAAAAAUGCGUCGAUCUGAUUCUCGCUCAUCUUUGGCCUCAAUUGGUUCUGCAACUUCUCAAGAAGUAGCACACAUCAACCACGCAGUGGAACAACCCCGGUCCCGCACUGGAAAUUCACCUGCAGACCUUCAUGGUAUGUGGUACCCAACCGUGCGCCGAACUCUAGUCUGUUUAUCUCGGCUCUACCGCUGUGUUGAAAGGCCCAUCUUUCAAGGACUGUCGCAAGAGGCGCUCAGUAUGUGCAUGCAAAGUGUGACAGCUGCUGCUGAUGCUAUUUCUCAAAGAAAGACUGCCAUGGAUGGAGAAUUGUUUGAAGUAAAACAUCUCUUAAUUUUGAGAGAACAAAUAGCUCCAUUCCAAGUAGAUUUUACAAUUCGUGAGACGAGCUUGGAUUUCAGUAAGGUGAAGACUGCUGCUUUUGGGCUCCUACAACGAAGGAGACAGCUUCUCUCGUUUAAUGCAAACAAUGCUAUUCUGGAGUUUCUUUUGGAUGGCACCCCUGCAGUCCGAGAGCAACUCAUUGACAGCAGGCGAGAUGUUGACUUAAGAUUAAAAGCCACUUGUGAAAAGUUCAUUGCAAGUGCCACCACUGCAUUAGUGGGUCCAUUGCAAACAUUCCUGACACAGGUCCAGUCAUUCCUAAAAAUGAAAUCAGAGGAAGGUGAAAAGUUGAAAGAUGUAGAAUUAAAGCAGCAGCACUUUGCCACACCCAGUGCUAUUGGGACGACGGUCCGUGAGACUCAGAAAUUGAUGAAGAAUGUCUUGCCUGUUCUUCAACGCAGUAUGCAACUAUACCUGGCUAACAAAGAUACUGAAUCAAUCCUUUACCGACCUAUUAAGAAUAAUGUUGUGAGUUAUUUUGCAAGUCUCCAGCAGCAUUUAGUGACUGAGAAGUACUCUGCUGAGGACAUGCUGGUGGUAGCAUGUCCUACCCCAGAGCAAGUGUUAGUUAUAUUGUCCUCAGCUUCUUUAUUGGCUGCUGGCCCACCAUGAUCCUACUGGACUCUAUGUAAGGCUUUCUGAUGCCGACGUUGAAGAUAUUGUGUAAAUAUGUACCUAGCAAUACAGUCAAACUGAAAAUAAGUAUUUGAUCACAUGGUUGGAGGCCCAUUUCAGGGUAAAUGAGUUACAAUUCUCAAUUAUACAUGCCUGUAUUUUAUGUUAACUGUUAUAACUUGUUACAUACUUUUAAAAUUAUGUUUUACUAAAUUAAUUGAACAACUC